UCAACUCAUUCACCAUCAAUCUUCACACUUCACUUCACUUACCAUGAAGUCUCCUUUUGCUUUAGCUGCUCUUGCCUUGGUUGCAGCAUAUGUUGUGAUGCAUGUUAGCUUUGCAACGCCAAUUCUCUUACCACCACCACCACCACCACCUACCAAUGCUUGUCCAUCCCCAUCACCUCCGCCACCACCAACAUACCCCCCGCCACCCACACCGACUCCAGCAUAUCCCACGCCACCCACACCGCCUCCAACAACUCCCCCGACAACCCCACCGUCUCCAGCAUAUCCCCCAAAAACCCCACCGGCUCCAACAACUCCCUCCACACCCCCACCGACUCCGACAAAUCCCUCCACACCCCCACCGGCUCCAACAAGUCCCCCGACAACCCCACCGUCUCCAACAUAUCCCCCAAAAACCCCACCGGCUCCAACAACUCCCACCACACCCCCAUUGACUCCAACAUAUCCACCGACAACCCCACCGGCUCCAACAAACCCCCCCACACCUCCACCAAAUUGUAAUAACAACACUCCGCCGCCAACACCUAUUAUAACACCCCCACCAGCUCCAACACCAACACCUAUUAUAACACCCACACCAGCUCCAACCCCCGGUAAUUCACCCAACGUCCCCCCAAGAAUUCCACCUACACCUAAUACACCACCACCUGUAAUUCCUCCAUCUCCUCAGACUCCCAACUCUUCACCACCACCUCUUGCACCCCCACCUUGCACCCCCACAGCUCCAUCCUAUCCUACUCCACCAGCCAACGGUCCACCCGUUGGAACUCCGCCACCGGCUCCAACAAAUCCAUCCACACCCCCAGCGGCUCCAACGAGUCCCCCGACAACCCCACCGUCUCCAACAUAUCCCCCCAAAACCCCACCGGCUCCAGCAACUCCCUCCACACCCCCACCGGCUCCAACAAAUCCCUCCACACCCCCACUGGCUCCAACAAGUCCCCCGACAACCCCACCGUCUCCAACAUAUCCUCCCCCAAAAACCCCACCGACUCCAGCAUAUCCCACGCCACCCAUACCGGCUCCAACAACUCCCCCAACAACCCCACCGUCUCCAACAUAUCCCCCCAAAACCCCACCGGCUCCAGCAACUCCCUCCACACCCCCACCGGCUCCAACAAAUCCCUCCACACCCCCACUGGCUCCAACAAGUCCACCGACAACCCCACCGUCUCCUACAUAUCCCCCAAGAACCCCAUCGGCUCCAACAACUCCCACCACACCCCCAUUGACUCCAACAUAUCCACCGACAACCCCACCGGCUCCAACAAAUCCCCCCGCACUUCCACCACCAAACUGUAAUAACAACACUCCGCCGCCAACACCUAUUAUAGCACCCCCACCAUGCACCAGCAUUGGUCAACAAGUCAUUAAGCCAUCAACCCCACCAGCAGACUUCAAAGGAUGCUUUUCAUCGUGUGGAUUAAGGUGCGAGUUACAUUCGAACCAAGAGAGAUGUCACCGAGACUGCAUGGCAUGCUGCAACCGAUGCAACUGUGUUCCUCCCGGUCAGUAUGGAAACAAAGAGAUCUGUGGCUCAUGCUACACAGAUAUGAAGACUCAAGCUGGUAGACCAAUGUGCCCAUGAAGACCAUGCAUCUUUUAUAGUAGUUACCUAAAGUUUAAGAAUAAAUUGGCCGGUCUUGUCUUUUUUUUCAGUUGUUGUUUGCUUGCUUGCAAAAUUCUUGAUAUCAAGCAAGAGGGAGUACUUUAAUGAAUACAAUAUGAUGUUUAUCAUUAUGCAAUUAACAAAUUAUAUGAUGUUUAUCAACUAAACUAUCAUCAACAAAUUAUAAUAAAUUCAAGAGAAAUUAAGGAACAGGUAUAUGAGCAUUUAGGUUAGGUUAGGUUAGGUUGUUUAAUAAAAAAAAAAAACAUUUUAUUUUUGUUGAAGGCAUGUUAAUGUGAUGGUCGGAUACACCAAAAGUGAUGUUAUAUGAGCAUAUAAAUAAAGUUAUACAUGUAGUGUAGAUAUGUAAUCAGUAU